UGUUUAUGAGUAGUCAGUCUGAUCGGACUGAGUACGUUACAACUGACUCAGGAUGCAAAUAUUCCGGAAACGAAUCCAGUUUGAUUCCGAUCCCAUGUGUAUUUGGACAGCACGAGAUGGGUGUUUUAGAAGCCUGUAUUGAAUUGUUAGACUCUUGCAACCUACCCACUGCAAAGAAAGGUGAUCCAGUUUCCGUGACAAGAGCUAUUUGUCGACGAAUUGCAAAUAUAACUAACACAACACCAACGAAAAUGACGCAAUCCCAUUACGGUGGCGUUUUCGAUACUUUGCGCAAUUUUAUGAAGAUUGGAAUGUUAGAUAUCCCGGACAACCUAAAUUCUACUGCUAUAUUGGUUACUGUUUUCCGAUGUCUUGGAUUACCAUCACGCUCAGUUACAGGGAUCAAUUGCGCAGUAGAAACUGAUCUACCCAUGACGGUAAAUGUUCAUUACAACGACGAAGGGUAUUCAUUGGAUUAUCUUAACAACGAUAAAAUUUGGCCAAGUGUGUCCUGGGUUGGUGUGUGGAUGAGCAGGGUAGAUCUACCUCCAGGAUUUGGUGGAUGGCAAGAAAUUAUGCCCUGGCAUAGUUCACUUGGACCAGUCCCAGUAUAUGCGAUAAAGAAAGGCCAGACGUAUUGUUGUGAAGGAACUCAAGAACAUUUUUUCACAUUAAAUGCUGACACGAAACAUUGGGUUGUAUCAAAAGAUGGAAACAUGGCGCUUAUGAAAAUACAACAACGUGCGGCUGGAUUGUCAAUAUUUACCAAAGCAGUUGGAAGCAUGGAACCACAGGAUAUUACCAAACUUUACAAAUUUUCAGAAGGUUGUGAAGAGCAGAAACUUGCUAUUCAUACAGCGUACAUGCAUUGUGGUCGACAAAAUGUCAUUGACGAAAGCGAAAUGAAAAAUGGAGACACAAAGAUAACACUGUCAACAAAUCCUCCAGUGAUUAAUUUUGGAAAUGAUGUGGACGUAAUUACAAAAAUUACAAACAGCAGCGAUUUUGUUCGUCACUUGACUGUGAAUUUAUGCGGAACAGUGGUAGCGGAAGAUGGAACGCCAAUCAUGAAAUUACAAAAAGAAACGAUAUUAGCGGAAGUUCUCGCAAAUGAAAGUGUUGAUAUUCCAGUGAAAUUUAACUUGGGUCCAUAUUUGCACAAAUUAUCUCCAAAUUGUCACUUACUAUUCACUGCAUUCGGAAAAAUACGCGAACUUGAAGAACAGUACAAUAUUGCCACACAUUAUGUGGGAAUAAAAUAUCCGGAAAUCGAGAUUCAGAUACAUGGAGAAUUCAAAGUAGCUGGUGAGCUGACAAUCGUAUCUCGAAUUCGGAAUCCUCUGCCAAAUCUACUGCUCAAUUCAAAGCUUAUUCUGACAACAAGUGGUUUAACUCCACUGCAUAUUGUUACAAACUCGGGAAAGUCUGUAGGACCAUGGCAAGUGUUCAAAACAGAGAGAUUAUAUCGGUGUCAAAGACCAGGGAAGCAUACUAUUGUUGCUUCGUUCACUUCUGAUCGUAUGACUGGAUUGAUGGGAAUACAAGACAUUAAUAUCGCAUGCUGAAAAACGCGUGACAAUAUCAAAAAUUGAGCCUACAUGUUGACCAGUACAAAUAUGCGUGGUGAAGUACUUUUAAAAAAUGAGAUUCGCAGGAAGAGAAUUUUAUUAUACGCUGGCAUGGACUGAACAGAAAAGAGAUGUUUUGUCUUACGUACUAGAGUCUAUCAUUUAUAUUGUAGAUUUUAAAGAUUUUAACUUCAAGUUAUAACACUAUAAUAAAAGACGUUAAGUUCAUAUACUGCGAUGCUGCCGUAUUUCCGAGAGUAACUUUUCGGACAAUUCUUGGCAUAAUCGCUGCGCCCAAUUUUGCCACUUCAAGUGAUAUCCUCGGCUCGUUUAAACUCAAGUAAUGAAAAUUGUCUGGGUUUUCAAGGAAUUACUGCGUUCUAAUAUAGUGAAUUGAUGAUUUUGAUUAUUGUUUUUUCUGUUGUUGUGUGAAUAGCGAUUAGAAAGAGAAAAGUGAGGUCAGACCUUGGUUUUCCGAUUUCAUUUGAACGUCAAAUAUUCUGACAAAAUAUGGGUAAUUUAUUUAUUCGUAAAAAUGUUUUCAAAGGAAGUUCACGCGCACUCACUCAGAAGUAUAGCAUUUUCACCUCUUAGCAAGCCAAAGCCAG